ACACAAGUAAUAUAGAACCAUAAAAACAAAAACAAAAACCAACGCAGUGAAGUGUUGGAGAAGCAAUCAAACUGCGAAUGACAUCUUCUCCCGGGAUGGGGCGUUCAGCCCAUCUCGUUUAUGCUCUUGGUUUUGUAAUCAUGGCAACAAUGGUUGCUGCUUCUUAUGAGCCCUACACUUAUAGCUCUCCACCACCACCAAUGUACAAUUCUCCUGCACCGAAAGUUGACUACAAGUCUCCACCACCUCCUUACGUAUACAGUUCUCCUCCUCCUCCACCAAUGUAUUCGCCAUCUCCUAAAGUGGACUAUAAAUCCCCACCACCUCCUUACGUCUACAGUUCACCACCACCGCCACACUAUUCACCUUCUCCAAAGGUGGAUUACAAAUCUCCACCACCUCCUUACGUGUAUAGCUCACCACCACCACCAUAUUACUCACCUUCUCCAAAGGUGGACUACAAAUCUCCACCACCUCCUUACGUCUACAGCUCCCCACCACCACCACCAUACAUAUAUAGUUCUCCACCCCCACCACCAUACUACUCACCUUCUCCUAAGGUAGACUACAAGUCUCCACCACCUCCUUACGUCUAUAGCUCUCCACCACCGCCCCCUUACGUUUACAACUCACCACCACCACCCCCAUACUACUCACCCUCUCCUAAAGUUGAUUACAAAUCUCCUCCACCACCUUACGUCUACACUUCUCCACCACCACCAUACUAUUCACCUUCUCCAAAACCCGAAUACAAAUCUCCACCACCUCCAUAUGUUUACAACUCUCCACCACCACCAUACUACUCACCUUCUCCAAUGAUUGAUUACAAAUCUCCACCACCUCCUUACGUCUACAGCUCUCCACCCCCACCAUAUUACUCACCUUCACCUAAACCAAUAUACAAAUCUCCACCCCCACCGUAUGCUUACAGCUCACCACCACCACCAUACUACUCGCCUUCACCCAAACCCAUAUACAAAUCUCCACCCCCACCAUAUGUCUACAGCUCCCCACCACCACCUUAUUACUCUCCGUCACCCAAACCGUCAUACAAGUCUCCACCACCUCCAUACGUAUACAACUCUCCACCACCACCAUACUACUCUCCUUCUCCUAAACCCGCAUACAAAUCGCCACCACCACCAUAUGUCUACAGCUCACCACCACCACCAUACUACUCGCCUUCACCUAAACCAGCAUACAAAUCUCCACCACCACCAUAUAUCUACAGCUCUCCCCCACCACCAUACUACUCGCCUUCACCCAAGCCCGUAUACAAAUCCCCACCACCGCCAUACGUCUACAGCUCCCCACCCCCACCUUACUAUUCUCCAUCACCUAAACAUGUAUACAAAUCUCCACCACCUCCGUAUGUCUACAGCUCUCCGCCACCACCAUACUACUCUCCUUCUCCUAAGCCCGCGUACAAAUCUCCUCCACCACAAUAUGUCUACAGUUCUCCUCCACCACCAUACUAUUCUCCUUCCCCUAAGCCCGCAUACAAAUCACCACCACCGCCAUAUGUGUACAGUUCUCCCCCGCCACCAUAUUACUCGCCUUCUCCCAAACCCGCUUACAAAUCUCCACCACCACCAUAUGUAUACAGCUCCCCACCUCCACCUUAUUACUCUCCUUCACCAAAACCUGUAUACAAAUCACCACCACCACCAUAUGUUUACAACUCUCCACCACCACCAUACUAUUCACCAUCACCUAAGGUGGUAUACAAAUCUCCACCACACCCACAUGUUUGUGUCUGUCCACCUCCUCCUCCAUGUUACUCUCAUUCUCCAAAGAUUGAGUACAAAUCUCCUCCAACACCAUAUGUUUACCAUUCCCCACCUCCCCCACCUUAUUACUCGCCUUCACCUAAACAUGCAUACAAAUCCCCACCACCGCCGUACGUCUACAGUUCUCCACCACCACCAUACUACUCUCCUACUCCUAAGCAUGCAUACAAAUCUCCUCCACCACCAUACGUUUACAGCUCCCCACCACCACCAUACUACUCUCCUUCCUUUAAGCCCACAUACAAAUCUCCUCCACCACCGUAUGUCUAUAGCUCUCCACCCCCACCACCGUAUUACUCCCCUUCUCCAAAGGUUGAGUACAAAUCUCCUCCACCACCAUAUGUUUACAGCUCUCCACCUCCAUCACCGUAUUACUCUCCUUCUCCAAAGGUUGAGUACAAAUCUCCUCCACCACCAUAUGUCUACAGCUCUCCUCCCCCACCACCGUAUUAUUCUCCUUCCCCAAAGGUUGAAUACAAAUCUCCCCCACCACCAUAUUAUUCUCCUUCUCCAAAGGUUGAGUACAAAUCUCCUCCACCACCAUAUGUUUACAGCUCUCCACCUCCACCACCGUAUUACUCUCCUUCUCCAAAGGUUGAGUACAAAUCUCCUCCACCACCAUAUGUCUACAGCUCUCCUCCCCCACCAUCGUAUUAUUCUCCUUCCCCAAAGGUUGAAUACAAAUCUCCCCCACCACCAUAUGUCUACAGCUCUCCACCCCCACCACCAUAUUAUUCUCCUUCUCCAAAGGUUGAGUACAAAUCUCCUCCACCACCAUAUGUUUACAGCUCUCCACCUCCACCACCUUAUUACUCUCCCUCUCCAAAGGUUGAGUACAAAUCUCCUCCACCACCAUAUGUCUACAGCUCCCCACCUCCACCACCGUAUUACUCUCCUUCUCCGAAGGUUGAGUACAAAUCUCCUCCACCACUAUAUGUCUACAGCUCUCCACCUCCACCACCAUAUUACUCUCCUUCUCCAAAGGUUGAGUACAAAUCUUCCCCACCACCUUAUGUUUACAGUUCACCACCUCCACCAGCGUAUUACUCUCCAUCACCAAAGGUUGACUACAAAUCGCCACCCCCACCGUAUGUCUACACAUCUCCACCACCACCAGCAUACUCUCCAUCUCCAAAGGCCGAAUACAAAUCUCCUCCUCCACCUUCGUAUUAUUAAACUCGUUCUAAAUAAUUCAUAAAUAAGAUACCAAGUCUCAUCUGAUGUUUUGUCUUUUUAUUUUUCUUGUGCUAGUCCUUUUUAAUUUUCAAAGUUGGAAUGGAUUCUUUGGCUAUUGAAAUUUCAUUUAAAUUCAUGUUUCCAUUGUCUUUUAUAUUUGUUACGUGGUUGCCUUUAAUGCAUAUGUAAGUUUGCUGCA